AUGGCGUGAUCAACUGAUAAACUAGCUCUUGCGCUACAGUAUCAUACUAAAAAGGUUGGGAACUUUGAAGAAAAAGUGCAUCGUCUGGUAUCUAUCUGAGGUUUUUCAGCCCAGGCAAAGUGGAAUACUUUAUUGAAUAGCCAUAGCCUAAUUUUGAGUUUGGCUUUUUCAACGCUGCAGAUACCUACUAGGUUAACUGAUUUUUACCCAGAAUAA